GGCAGUUUUGGGCCGCCGGCGCCAGUUUUGGGCCGCUACGCAUUAGGCAACGCUCGGGGCAGCCGCGCGCACUUCUUGGGACGUUGCCGCGCCGGCGCAUAGCACGCCAGGCACGAACGAGGCGCCGCGAGGCGCAGCGUUAACGACCCCAGCAGAACCAAUACAAAAGCAAGCAGCCAGCCGCCGCGCUAGGAGACAACGACCAUGCCGCCGCGCCAGGACAGCAGCAGCGACAGCAGCGACAGCGACAAGGAACAGAAGCCGACGCUGCCGUCGCGCGACCGGGACUUCACCAGCAGCCAGCGCAAGGGCGGCGCCGGCGCCAUCGAGUCCGACAGUAGCGACGACGAGGCCGCACCAUUAAGAACAAAGGAUGAGUCGUCCGAGGACGAAGCACCGCAACGGAGGAAGGUCCCUCCCCUAAAACCGCACAAGACGACGAUCGGCCAGCGCAUGCGCGGCGUCAUCGGUUCCGUAUUUGCGAAGCGCACGAAAUCCCAAGAACCGUCCCAGAAGCUCAUGGAGACCUGGAAGAGUCAGGGCAGAGACGCGAACACGCCGCGCGGCCAGGAUGUGGGAGACGACUCCGAUGCGAGUGUCGACUCCGACGGCGUCAAGCGGAAGCGUUUUAAAAUAGACCCGUCGGAUAUGAAGGGUGGCACGAUGCAGAUCAAGGACAUGAAGACGCUGCUGCAGUACCUCGAGCCGGACCCUGACUACGGCACGCAGCCCGUCGAGCGCCACCUGAUGCCGAUCGACGACUGGCUGCACCGGCCGGAGACGUGUGAAGAUAUCCCGACCUAUAUCGAAGACCCCAAAACCGGUCGAUGGCGCAAACUACGGAAACGCCAUCAAGUCAAGAAGAAGGAGGAGCAUUCUCGGGAGGAGCGGAAGGCUGUGGCGGCGCUCGAUGCGGAGUUAGACGCUGUGGAUCGGUUGCUGAAGAACGAAGCGGUGCCCGAGGAUCGCAGUAUGAAGCUCGAACGAGUCCUGAACGCCUUCUUCACGGCGGCUCGAGGCGCCUUCUGCGGCUUGGCUGGCGGCGUUAUUAUCAUCAAUUUCGCCCUGGACAAGGAUCGGCAGCUCCUGGACCACUACGGUCGAACGUCGAACUUAUUCAGGCGGUGGGGCUAUCUCCUCGCGACGACCGUCUUCGUCGGUGCACUCAAUGCCUGGCACAACGCCCAAGCUAACGCAAGAAUAGAGAGAAUCGAUCCCAUUUUGACGCUCGAAGUCCGUUCCAUGGUCGUGAUCUACUUCUUCGCUCUCGUGUUCACGUUGGCGAUGGCCACGGCCGACGCUUCGUUAGCGAGGCACUGGACGGACUGGGACCCCGAGACUACUGAUGCUACAGAACUACAGUUAUAUAAUGAUCGAGACGACGAUUGGGAGCGCGUGUUCUAUGGGAAAGCUACUGAAUUACAAACCUUCAAGACCUGGCGCUUCUGCUGCUGGGCGCGGUUCGUCUGUGCCGCUGUUGGCUGGUUGGUUUCGUUGAAUCGCUUUGACCAGCUGUCGAAGCAACUGCACGCGAAACGUCGAGAGAUUGAUGCUUUACGGGGUGCUGUGCGUACCGCUAGUACGAAGAUGAUCGACCUCUACAACGAACAGGAGAAGAAUAAGGAGGUACCGACCGGGACCGAAGCCUUGCGGGAUCUGCUCGGUCGACGAGGCUUACCCGUUCCUGCCGAGGCGCAGGAUCUGGUCCGGAACCCACUCAUGGAGGCGGAGGCGCCUACCCUCGAGCGGAAGGACGAGAAGCCCUCGGCCCUCCAGAAGAUGGCGGCCCUACAAAAGAAAAAGGCGGAGCUCGGUAAAAAGUCGGCCGAGGAGCUCAGUAAAACGCGCGGAAACGAGGAGGAGAAGACGACGGAGAACCCCAUCCGCGGCGUGCGCGUCGUCCAGUCCAAGCCGGCAGCUUCUCCAGCGAAAUCGGACGCCAGCGGGAGCAGCGACGACUCGAGCACGGACGACGAGGGGCCGCGGGACCUGCUGACAGGGAGCCCGCGCCAGCGCCGCUGAGUUGAGUAACAGACUACUUAGUAUG